AUGGCAUCCCUUUUUGAGAAUUAUGAGAAGCAAUAUGGCAAUCUCACUAGCGAAAUAACUCUUAAUUUGAGUAGAAUUCCUCGGUUACAAGAUGAGGAGAGGAGACGCGUUGUUGGCGAAACCUCUCUUCUUUUCGAUGAGACGAGAGAUCUAAUCGAGCAGAUGUUGUUGGAGGUUCAAGAACUUCCACAAGAAACUCGUGAAAAAUAUUCAACACGACUUCAAUUUUUCCAAAAAGAAUUAUCGAGGCUUACGGAUGAAUUCAAAAGACCUAAAUACUCUGCUCGCAGUGCAGGUGUGCGGAAUGAUGCGUAUGAACUGGAUGAGGAAGGUCUACGUGAAGAGGUCCUCUUUGACUCAGAUAUGCGUGCCCGACUUCUAGAGAAUACAGAACGUGUGGCCAAAACUGGGGAUCGUCUCCAAGGUGGUCUAAAGGUUGCAUUGCAAACAGAAGAAGUUGGUAGCAACAUUCUCAACGAUCUGAGCGAACAGCGUGAGAAACUGCAGCGCAGUCGAGGCCGAGCUUUAUCCUACGUAGUUCUACGUCUGGAACUGGAACUGCGAUCCGAAGCUAGAUCCUAA